GUGGCGACGACCAGGACCCCGUCGGCGACAUGGACGUCGUGCUGGCGAAGGUCAAGGCCGUGUCGGGGCACGCAGGCGAGCUGAACGUCACGGACGCGAAGCUGUGGCUGCGGGCCCACGGGGAGCGGGGCAGCAAUGCCGCCGCUCGGCUGGGCAAGCUCAGCAAGCUCCGCAACGCCCAGUCGCACCCGCUCGCGCUGCAGCUGAUCGUGGAGGUCGGGCAGUUGGCGGCGGCUGUCGGCAAGGAGGAGCUGAAGAAGAUGGACGGGUCGGGGUGCUACAAGGGCGCCGAGGCGGGCCCCGCCCCCCCCAGCGAGGAGAAAGUCAAGGGCGGCGCCGGUGGGGGGGGGUGGGGACCGCAGCCAGAGGACGCAGACCUGUCGGAGACGGUGGGCGACAUCACGGAUCUGGCGAGCGUGUCGGAGACGACAGCGGCGGGCCCUGAGGAGAAGUUCUCGGCGAAGCCAGCGAAGCAGAACGGGGAGCUGAUCCAGGUGGACAUCAAGUUCGGCCCAGACUUCGAGGCCAAGCGAGUGCUGAAGGUAAGGGACUCGGACGACAUGUCGGAGACAGUAAGCUCGUCGGACCAGAAGGUGGCGGGCCCAGAGGAGAAGUUCUCGAUGAAGCCAGUGGCCAAGCAGAACGGGGAGCUGAUCCAGGAGGACAUCAGGGACGCCCCAGCCUGCGACCACCUCGAUUAUAAGUACCAGCUCAAGUCGGCGAAGAUCGAUGAGUUGGUCAAGGUGUGCCUCUCGCGCGAGGAGUUUGAGGAGAAGCUCCAGGCAUGGGAGGACAACUAUGAGCUCUGCGGCCAGCACGGGUGCGCGGCCAGUGACGCAGCGUUGGGGCUCAGCUUGAGAAUGCCCAAGAGUAAACCCUUCACAGUCUGCAAUGAGCGUGGCCAAUGGGUGUACAACUGGCGGCUGGACAAGCAAGGAGGGCAGUGCAAGUGCGGCGCGCGGCUGGAACGGUUCCAGGGCAAGCCGCCCCGGCGCAGCAACCACUACGGGCAGCAGCACGCUGGAAGCUCAGCGGCGGCGUGGUGGGGGCCAAAGCCAGGAGAAAGCGAUGGCAAGGCGGCGGCGCUGGAUUUCCUCGCAGGGGGGAACAAGCAGCUGGCCAAGGAGACCGAGCAUCAGAAGGCGCAGAAGUGGCUGCUGGAGUGCGAGGACGAGCUCGAGCGCUUGUCCAUCCUCCACGAUGAGGCGCUCCUCCGCCGCGACCAGGCCUUGGAGGACGCCUUCGAUGCGGAUCAGGCCCGCGCGAAGGCCUCGGCGGCCUACUACAAGCAGGUGGGCAAGGGGGAGCUCGUCAAGGCGGGGGGGGAGCCUGCGCAGGCUGAAGUGCAGACGAUCCUGGACUUUUCAGUGGAUGACCGGCUCCUGGACGCCAACCUGGACGACUACGAGGACGGCCCAGAGAAGGAGGCGGUGUUGGCCUUCCGCACCAAGUUGGCGGACAUCCAGCAGGCGGGGAAAACAUCUUUGCAGAAGAUCGAGGAGGCAGAGGCGGCGCUCGCUCGGCAGCAGGCAGAGGUUCGCCAGAAGCACGCGGAGGAGGCGAAGCAGCUGCGCGACCAGGCGGAGCAGCACCAGCAGCUCCUGGUGCAGCAAGUCGAGCAGCUCCCCAGCCUGCGCAAGCAGCUCCAGAAGAAGCGCAGGACGGAGGACGGCCAGGCGGCCUCAGGCGAAGCCGCCAAGGAGCCCGGUGAGCAGCCAGCGGCGGAGCCAGGAGCCACGGCCGCGGAACCAGCGGCUGCCCCAGACGCCGAGGCAGCCCAGAGGAGGAAGCAGGUGCUGCUGGACUACCAGGCGAAGGUCAAGGCGCAGGCAAGAGUGGAGCAGCUGCCAGCCAGGAUCGACCGUCGCACCUUUGACGAUCUACGUCCUGACGCGAGGCCAGCGUCAGGCACGGCUGGCGAUCGCCAGCUCUUCUUUGCGAAUGUGGAGAAGUGGGGCCCACAGGCCCACAAAUACGUGAACGAGUAUCAGGAGCGACACCCACGGGUAAGUGUGAUGGGCAUCUGCGAGACCCACCUCUUGCCCGACAAGCAGAAGAAGGUCACGGUCGACCUCCAUCGGGACGGCUGGAAGACCACGGCCACGGCAGCGCGGCCGUCUGGGCUGAGUGAGACGGGGUGCUGCGGUGGAGAGAUGAUAAUAGCGAGGCGGCAUCUUGAGACGACCUCGUUUGAUCAUGUGCGAGUGGCAGCACAGCAGCGAGGCAGAGACGAUCCCUUCCGCGGGUUCGUGGCGACCACCAUCCACGCGAAGGCGGGCAAUGUGGUCUACGCGACGGCGUACAUGGCGCCCCAGUGGGGGAAGGGGUCCCCGAACCCCCAGAAGUUGGCGAGCCUGGCUGCCUUCCUGAAGGCCGUGGACGACCCGUGGAUCGUGGCGGCGGACUGGAACCUGGACCCAGAGCAGCUGCUGAAGAGCGAGUUCCCGCAGGAGGUCGGCGGGGUGGUGAAGACGCCGCAGGGGACGAAGGUAACGUGCGCCAAAGGGGAGCAGGGGCCUCUGCUGGACUACUGCUUGGUGCGCAAGGACUUUGCGGACCAGGUGAUGGUAGAGGCGGAGCUGGAGGUGCCUUGGAAGGUGCACUGCGCGCUGCUCAUCACACUCAAGGGCUCCUACCAAGAAUGGUGGGUGAGGGCGCUCGUGGUGCCCAGGGCGCUGCCGCGGGCGCAGAGGCCGAGGAAGAGCGCGGACCUCAACAGCAAGACGAGCAAGAUGAAGCAGAAGAAGCUGCAGGAGAGGAAGUCGAGACUCCCCCCGGAGGAGCAGGAGGCCUUCGCGAAGCUGUACGAGGAGGAUGAGGUCUGCCAGGAGCCCAAGGCGCCUUUCCAGGUGCCACUGGAGUGCUGGAGGCAGGCGGAAGAGCAGCUGGCGCAGACAGGAUUUCCAGGGCCCGUUGUGGGCACGCACACGGGCCCGGUGCAGCAGGUGGACGACCACGUCGCCUACCAGGGCCGCGAGGAGCAGGAGAAGGACCUCUCGCAUAGGUACGGCAACUGGGUGAGCAAGCUGGAGCUCGCCCUGCUGGCCGUCCACGAGGUGGAGGAGUCGGAGAAGGCGCGCUACCUGGGGCGCGGGAGGGGCUUCGACCUGAAGUGGGUGAAAGCGAAGGUCACGCCAGGCAGGGCACACAGUGCCACAGGCCGGGUGAGCUGCAAGCUCAAGAGGAUCGCCAAGGAGACGCUGGACCAGGGCAUGGCAGACUUUUUCGGCAGCGCGCGCUUCAUGGUCUGGCAGAAGAUGAUGGUCAAGGUCGAGACCCUCUCGGCGGCGCACCGACAGAAGCUGCUCGAGCUGACGGGCACGCUGGCGGCGGCAGGGCAG